CCGGCCCGGCCCGGCCCGGCCCCAGCGCCGCGCGCCGCUGCCCGCGCGCCCCUCCGCGGCCUGCGCGCCCGCCCCCCUUUCCCUCCCCCCGGUGACGUCCGGGUCCUGCCCGUCUGAAAACUCCGCGCCGCGGCGGCGGAGGCGGCGGCGGAGGAGGAGCAGCGGCGGGGCGAGCCGAGGCGGCGGCGGCCCGAGCGGGAGCCCGAGCGGGAGCCGAGCGGCCGCGGGAGGGACGGAGGGAGCGGCGGGAGCGCGGGGGCGGCCCCGGGCGCCCCGGUCCCCCCGGUCCCCGCGCCCCGCUCGCCCGCUCGCCCGCUCGCCGCGCUCGGAAGAUGGUGGCGGCGCCGUGCGCCCGGAGGCUGGCCCGGCGCUCGCACUCGGCGGUGCUCGCGGCGCUCACGGUGCUGCUGCUGCAGACGCUGGUCGUGUGGAAUUUCAGCAGCCUGGACUCGGGGGCCGGCGAGCGCCGCGGGGGCGCCGAGCAGCCGCCCCCGGCCCCUCGCCGCGAGCGCCGGGACCUGCCAGCCCAGCCGGCUGCAGCCCGAGACGGCGGCGGAGCGCGGGGCCCCCCGGCGCGGACGCGGGGAGGCGGCCCCGGAGAAGCCCGGGCGAGGCGGCCGGCCAGCCGGGGGCCGCUGCCUGCGCGGGCGCUGGACCCACACGCGAGUCCUCUGAUCACCCUGGAGGCCCAGGAUGGCUACUUGUCUCACCGGCCGAAGGAGAAAGUGCGGACAGACAGCAACAAUGAGAACUCUGUCCCCAAAGACUUCGAGAAUGUGGACAACAGCAACUUUGCCCCCAGGACUCAGAAACAGAAGCACCAGCCCGAGCUGGCUAGGAAGCCGACCGGUCGGCAGAAGCAACUUCUGAAGCGUAAGCUGGAGCAGGAGGGCAAGGGGCACCCCGUCCCCGGGAAGGGGCCCAACGAGGCGCUGCCCCCCUCGGACAAGGCCGCCGCCAACAGCAGCCGUGGGAAGGAAGCUUCCCGGCCGCCGCAGUCCAGGAAAGUUGGGGGCAGCUCCCCCGAGAGCAGACACGAGCAGCCCCCCAAGUGUGACAUUUCGGGCAAGGAGGCCGUGUCCGCCCUAUCGCGUGCCAAGUCCAAGCACUGCCGCCAGGAGAUCGCGGAGACUUACUGCCGCCACAAGCUGGGGCAGCUGAUGCCCGAGAGGGUGACGCGCCUCUGCCCGCUGGAAGGCAAAGCCAGCAGGAGCGUGCAGUGGGACGAGGACUCCGUGGAGUACAUGCCGGCCAACCCAGUGAGGAUCGCCUUCGUGCUGGUGGUGCACGGCCGCGCCACCCGGCAGCUGCAGCGCAUGUUCAAGGCCAUCUACCACCGGGACCACUUCUACUACGUCCACGUGGACAAGCGCUCCAACUACCUGCACCGCCAGGUGCUGCAGCUCGCCCAGCUAUACGACAAUGUGCGCGUCACGCCCUGGAGGAUGGCCACCAUCUGGGGAGGCGCCAGCCUGCUGGCCACCUACCUGCAGGCCAUGCGGGACCUGCUGGACAUGGCCGACUGGCCCUGGGACUUCUUCAUCAACCUCAGUGCCGCCGACUACCCCAUCAGGACGAAUGACCAGCUGGUGGCCUUCCUCUCCCGAUACCGAGACAUGAAUUUCUUGAAGUCACAUGGCCGGGACAACGCAAGGUUCAUCCGCAAGCAGGGCCUGGACCGCCUCUUCUUGGAGUGUGAUGCCCACAUGUGGCGGCUGGGGGACAGGCGCAUCCCCGAGGGCAUCACUGUGGACGGCGGCUCCGACUGGUUCCUGCUGAACCGCAAGUUCGUGGAGUACGUGACCUUCUCCACCGACGACCUGGUGACCAAGAUGAAGCAGUUCUACUCCUUCACGCUGCUGCCGGCCGAGUCCUUCUUCCACACGGUGCUGGAGAACAGCCCGCACUGCGACACCAUGGUGGACAACAACCUGCGCAUCACCAACUGGAACCGCAAGCUGGGCUGCAAGUGCCAGUACAAGCACAUCGUGGACUGGUGUGGCUGCUCGCCCAACGACUUCAAGCCCCCCGACUUCCACCGCUUCCAGCAGACGGCCCGACCCACCUUCUUUGCACGCAAGUUUGAGGCCGUGGUGAACCAGGAGGUGAUCGGGCAGCUGGAUUCCUACCUGUAUGGGAGCUACCCCGCAGGCACCCCGGGGCUUCGCUCCUACUGGGAGAAUGUGUACGAUGAACCCGACGGCAUCCACACCCUGAGUGACGUGGCGCUCACCUUGUACCACUCCUUCGCCCGCCUGGGGCUGCGCAGGGUGGAGACUUCGCUGCGCACCGAGAGUGAAAACAGCUGCAGGUACUACCCAAUGGGCCACCCAGCCUCUGUGCACCUCUACUUCCUCGCUGACCGCUUCCAGGGCUUUCUGAUCAAGCACCAUGCCACCAACCUGGCGGUGAGCAAGCUCGAGACCCUGGAGACCUGGGUGAUGCCCAAGAAGGCCUUCAAGGUGGCCAGCCCACCCAGCGACUUUGGGAGGCUGCAGUUUUCUGAGGUGGGUACGGACUGGGAUGCCAAGGAGCGGCUCUUCCGCAACUUCGGGGGCCUGCUGGGGCCCAUGGAUGAGCCGGUGGGCAUGCAGAAAUGGGGCAAGGGGCCCAACGUGACAGUGACGGUCAUCUGGGUGGACCCAGUCAAUGUCAUUGCCGCCACCUAUGACAUCCUCAUCGAAUCCACGGCCGAGUUCACCCACUACAAGCCCCCCCUGAACCUGCCUCUGAGGCCCGGGGUCUGGACGGUGAAGAUCCUGCACCACUGGGUGCCCGUGGCCGAGACCAGGUUCCUCGUGGCCCCUCUGACCUUCUCAAAUCGGCAGCCCAUCAAGCCCGAGGAGGCGCAGAAGCUGCACGCCGGCCCCCCACGCGGCGCCUACAUGGAGCAGAGCUUCCAGAGCCUGAACCCAGUGCUCGGCCUGCCGGUGCUGCCGGCCCAGCUGGAGCAGGCGCGCAGGAAGGCGGGCGUGGCAGGCGCGGGGCUGGAGCGCUGGCUGGAUGCGCUGGUGGGCGGCGUGUGGACAGCCAUGGACGUGUGCACGCCCGGGCCCAGCGCCUGCCCCAUGCUGCCCGCCUGCAGCCAGACGGCCUGGAGCUCCCUCAGCCCCGACCCCAAGUCCCAGCUGGGCGCAGUCAAGCCCGACGGGAGACUCAGGUAGCGACCAACAAGGGGUGAGGAGCCACCCCCCUCUUCUGGCAGAUUCUGUCCUGUCCCACUGUCUGGUCUGGGGUGGGGGCACCCCAAGGGUUCCACCAAGGCCCAUCUGCACACACUGCCCAUAGGGUGGCCCCUGUGCCCACCCUCCACCCAAGAAUGGGUGUGUCAGCCAGGCACCUCUGGGGGUGGGGGGAGUUCAGAGAAACCAGACUCUUCCUGCCACCCCCACGGGGGGCCCCAGACCAAGGGCAGAACUGGAAGGCUUUGCGCCACAAGACUCCCCUCAGUUGAGCAGCUGUGAGGCCGGGUCUCUGUGUCUGCUGGGCACGGGCAGACUCAGGGCAGCACCCUCCAGGCUGCACAGCGGUGCCCCCACCCGGCAGCCAUGGUCCAGACCCCUCGCCAGGUUCAAGGACGACUCAGGACAGGGCAGAGGGGCUCCCGGGUGGCACAGGACUGUAAACUGGGGUCGCUGACUGUGGGCCCCGGCCCCCCACCCCACCUGGGUCACACAGGCGCUACCUCACUGUGUCUGCUGAGAAGUUUACGGGGUGGGGGGGUCCCCAGACCUGCUGGAGCUGAAUGUACAAUCUAUGCAAACUGUCUCUGUCCCAUCUGUCUCUCAGAAGUAUUUUUGUACCUUGCAAAUGAGCUGCUGUACUCCUAGGCCAUGUCUGUACCCUGCACCCCCGUCUCCUCCCCACCCCUCAAAAAAGCCUUAGGUUUCUCCCUUUGGAAAUGUGGCCUUAAAAUUAUUUUGGGGACGCUGGCAGCCCUCGCAUGGGGUCUCCAUCCCCUUGGGCACCGUGAGUGGCGAGCGCUCAGUGGGGUAGGACGCUGCUUCCUGAGCCAGGCGAGGGUCUCGGGACGUGUCCCCAGGGCUGGAGCGUGACCACGUAUAGUCCUCCAGCUCCUGAGCCCCGGCCCCAGGACAGUCGCUGCACUCCAGCGCCACCCUCCUUAGUCCUUUUUUUAAAAAUAUGUUGUCAGUAGCAUUUGUUUUGGAUAAUUUUUUAGAGGCCUCAUAAUAAGUUAUUAUCAUCCCCUUUUUUUUUUUUUUUGCAAAGACACGUGGUGAUAUAGUUUUUAAAAAUAACUAUUUUGUUAUAGAUCAUAAUAUGCAUAAAACUGUACAGAAAUAUUUUGUAAUGUAUUGAUUUUAAAAAAGAAUCUGUAAAUAAAGUUUUAAAGAGAGAUAACCCCAAUGGCACACACUGAAAGAUGUAGAUAUUUUGCUAUUUAUUGAAAGGAGUAUUUUAAGAGAAAGUGACUGAGACCGGCCCCUCAUCAAAGUUCCCGCCUCUUAAGUUUCUCAUGGUUGAGAGUCUCAGAACCGACUGUACUACCCCCCAGUGAUUUUGUACCUGUUCUUUCAUUUAGCAGAAAAACAACAAAAUUGUGCCUUAGCUGGUUUUUUUUUUUUUUUUUUUUUUUUUUUUGUCGUCUAGGGGAGUUUUGUUUGUCUGACAAAGCAAAAAAAAAAAAUUUUUUUGCAGAAAACAGUGGAUGUAUUAAAUACUGUAUCAUACCAAAAACACUGCAAGUGUACAUAGAUGCUUUCUGUCAUACUGUGUUUUCUGAUGCAGAAUUUUAAAAUUAAAAAAAAAAA